AUGAAAUUGAUCACAGCUUAUCUGGAUCAAAUUAUGUUUCUAAUUGACGAAACGCCCUAUUUUCCAUUUUUCACUUCUCUCCUUGUCUGCAUCCUGGUGAUUUUUUGGAAGCGAUCCAGAGCCGGAGGCCUAAAGUCACCCCCCGGGCCAUGGAAGCUGCCCGUUAUUGGAAACUUGCACCAGAUGGUUGGUCCGUUGCCACACCACACACUGGGAGACUUAGCCAAGAAGCACGGACCCGUCAUGUACCUUAAACUGGGUCAAUUAGACGCCGUGAUUAUUUCAUCUGCCAAAGCUGCCCAGGAGGUGUUGAAAACACAUGAGCUUACAUUUGCGCAGAGACCUAUGGUUUUGGCAGCAGAGGUUAUGUCUUUUGGUCAAGCAAGCAUUUUCUUUGCUCGUUAUGGAGAUUUAUGGAGAUCGCUGAGAAAGAUUUGUAUGUUCGAGCUUCUGAGCGCCAAACGUGUGCAGUCUUUCGGAUCCGUAAGAGAAGAAGGGGUAUGCAAUCUUGUUGAGACCAUUGGCUCAAUGUCUCACAAGGGACUUGCCAUCAAUUUUAGGGACAGGUGCUGCAGCUUCACAAACGUCAUAGUGUCAAAGGCAGCAUUUGGGAAAAAAUGCAAAGACCAAAAGGAGUUCCUUUCGCUUCUUGACGAAGUAAUCAAACUUGGUAGUGGGUUUGAUAUUCCUGAUUUGUUUCCUUCACUCAGUUUUCUUGGGUUCAUUACUGGGUCGAUCCCUGCUCUCAAUGACAUAAAAAGAAAGAUCGGUAUGAUUCUCGAAAAUAUCAUCAACGAUCAUAAAAUCAAAAAAUCCAAAAAGGACUUGAUGAUCAGUGGUACUAGUAGCACUACAGCAGGCAAGGACAAAGCAGAGGAGGAGGAAGAAGAUUUUGUUGACGUACUUCUAAAACUUAAAGAAUCCAACAAGGUGGAGUAUAAUUUCACAACCAAUCAGAUCAAAGAUAUCAUUAUGGACAUCUUCUCUGCAGGAAGCGAGACUUCAGCUACUACCUUAGAAUGGGCAAUGUCGGAGUUGAUGAGAAACCCAAGAAUCAUGAAGAGGGCUCAAGCUGAAGUGAGACAGUCGGUCCUCCAAUUCGAAGGGAAAAAAAAGAAAAGUUAUUGAAGAAAGAGAUGUUCAAAAAAUGGACUACUUGAAAUCGGUGGUGA